GCCGCACCCGGAGCGAAUGGCCGGGCUCGGAGCGCGCAGCGUCUUGGUGACCGGAGCCAACCGAGGCAUCGGCCUGGAGCUGGUACGGCAACUCCUGAGCAAGCCCGACUCGCCGCAAUGGAUCUUCGCCUGCAGCCGGGAACCUGAUGGGGAGCGCGGACAGGAACUCAAGAAUCUGGUUUCCAAACACCCAAACGUUGUGAUGGUGAAGUUAGAUGCUACGAGUUCCGCAAGCAUUAAGGAUGCUGCAGCAUGUGUGGAGAACCACCUGAAGGGGUCGGGGCUGAAUCUGCUAAUAAACAACGCUGGCAUUUAUAAAGAGGUGGCAUUGGAUGCGGUGGAUGAGGAAGACAUGAUAAAUGGAUACAGGACCAACGUGAUUGGGCCACUGCUAGUGAGUCAGGCUUUCCUGCCUCUGUUAAGGAGGGCAGCCCAAGGAAGCUCAGAGAAAGGGCUGAGCUGCAGCAGGGCCGCCGUUAUCAACAUUUCCUCCGCCUUGGGCUCCAUCGAGUUAGUCCCCCUAACGUACAUUAAACCUGCAAUCCCGUAUCGCUGCAGCAAGGUCGCUCUUAACAUGCUGACCCAGUGCCAGUCUGUGGGUUACAAGGAGGACGGGAUUCUGUGCACGACGGUUCAUCCAGGAUGGGUGAAGACCGACAUGGGCGGCCAAGAGGUGG